GCGGUUUCUCAGAGCCCACAGGGGUCUGGGGAGGCAGGGGCAUCUCCCCAUUGAGUCAGGGGGCCCGGCUUUUUGUAGACUCUGCUGGGAGGAAGUCAGAGGCGCCGCUGUUGCUCUUAAUUAAUUCUGGUCCUCUCUGCCAAGUUGAUAAAGACUGGUCCGGGUGUUCCAGGCGAGCUGGGGUUCUGACCCUGGGAGUCUCCUCAGUAUCUCGCUCGAGGCAACGGUCACUCAUUAGCUGGUCUCUCCCGGCCCAGUGCCUCGCCUGGGCCGACCGGCUCAGGAAGUCUUGUGGGUUUCUGGCCAGGAUGUAAACAUUUAUGUUUUCUGUGAGAAGCAAGACGGGCACUGGGUCGCGCUCCGGCCAGAGCCUCUUCCUGCUGUUCCUGGGCCGCCUCUGUGGGCCUCUCCGUGGUGCCAGCCCCCUUUCCGAUGAGGACCACUGGGGACUUUGAUCCAGAGCUGGACCCCGGCUCUCAGCCCUGCCCACUCCCUCACCAGGCCGUCCCCCUGCCCCUCGCCUCCGGAGACAGGCCGCCGGGCACGUCCUGCACCUGGAGCUGCUGGUGGCCGUGGGUCCUGACGUCCACCGGACCCAUGGGGAGGAGACAGAGCGCUACGUGCUCACCAACCUCAAUAUGGGGUCAGAGCUGCUGAGGGACCCAUCUCUGGGGGCUCAGUUCCGAGUUCACCUGGUGAAGAUGGUCAUCCUGACCCAGCCUGAGGAUGCUCCAAAGAUCACAGCCAACAUCACUGCGUCGCUGCUGAGCGUCUGUGAAUGGAGCAGGACAGUCAACCCUGAGGACGACACGGACCCCAGGCAUGCUGACCUGGUCCUGUACAUCACCAGGUUUGACCUGGAAUUGCCCGAUGGUAACCGGCAGGUUCGGGGGGUCACCCAGCUGGGGGGCGCCUGCUCCUCCUCCUGGAGCUGCCUAAUCACUGAGGAUACCGGCUUUGACCUGGGGCUCACCAUCGCCCAUGAGAUUGGGCACAGCUUCGGCCUGGAGCACGACGGCGUGCCGGGCAGCGGCUGCGGGCCCAGCGGCCACGUGAUGGCCUCGGACGGCGCGGCGCCCGCCCUCGCCCUCGGGGGCCCGGCGUGGUCCCCCUGCAGCCGCCGGCAGCUGCUGAGUCUGCUCAGCGCAGGACGGGCGCGCUGCGUGUGGGACCCUCCGGGGCCGCUGUCCGGGCCCGCGGGGCAGCCUCCCGAGGUGCAGCCCGGCCUCUACUAUGGCGCGGACGAGCAGUGCCGCGUCGCCUUCGGCCCCACGGCGGUCGCCUGCACCUUCCGCGGGGAGCACCUGGACAUGUGCCAGGCUCUCUCCUGCCACACAGACCCCCUGGACCCAAGCAGCUGUAGCCGCCUGCUUAUUCCUCUCCUGGACGGGACAGAGUGUGGCGUGGGGAAGUGGUGCUCCAAGGGUCACUGCCGCUCGCUGGCGGAGCUGGCCCCCGUGAGGGUGGUGCACGGGCACUGGUCUGGCUGGGGGCCCGCCAGUCCUUGCUCCCGCUCCUGCGGAGGCGGCGUGAUCACCAGGAGACGGCGGUGCAACAACCCCAGACCUGCCUUUGGGGGGCGCACGUGCAUAGGUUCUGACCUCCAGGCCGAGAUGUGCAACACCCAGGCCUGCGAGAAGACCCAGCUGGAGUUCAUGUCUGAGCAGUGUGCGCAGACGGACAGCGAGCCCCUGCGCCUCUCCCCGGGAGGCAGCGCCACCUUCUACCGCUGGGGGACCGCAGAGCAGUACAGUGAAGGGAACGCCCUGUGCAGACACGUGUGCCGGGCCGUCGGCGAGAGCUUCAUGGUGCGGCGUGGGGACCGUUUCCUGGAUGGCACGCGCUGUGUGCCGGGCGACCCUCAGGAGGAUGGGGCCCUGAGGCUGUGCGUGUCGGGCAGCUGCAGGACGUUUGGCUGUGAUGGCAGGAUGGACUCCGGGCAGGUGCGGGACGUGUGCCAGGUGUGCGGCGGGGACAACAGCACGUGCCAGCCACAGAGCGGCUCCUUCACGGCCGGAAGGGCCAGAGAGUACGUCACAUUCCUGACCGUCACCCCCAACCUCACCAGCAUCUACGUCAUCAACCGCAGGCCUCUCUUCACACACCUGGCAGUGAGGGUGUGUGGCCGCUACGUCGUGGCUGGAAACGGGAGCGCGUCUGCCAGCACCAGCUACCCCUCCCUCCUGGAGGACAGCCGUGUGGAGUACAGGGUGACCCUGAGCGAGGACCGGCUGCCCCGCCGGGAGGAGAUCCGCAUCCGGGGCCCCACCCGGGACGACAUGGAGAUCCAGGUUUACAGGCGCUACGGCGAGGAGUACGGCAGCCCCGCCCGCCCUGACAUCACCUUCACCUACUUCCAGCCGGAGCAGCGGCAGGCCUGGGUGUGGGCCCCGAUGCGGGGGCCCUGCUCCGUGAGCUGCGGGGCAGGGCUGCGCCAGGUGACCUACAGCUGUCGGGACCAGUCCAGGAGCGAGUGGGUGGAGGCUGCCCGCUGUGCGGGGAGCCGGCCCCCGGCAGCAUGGUCAGAGACCUGCGCCCCCGAGCCCUGCCCCCCGCACUGGGAGGCUGGAGACUUCGGCCCCUGCAGCGCCUCGUGUGGGGGUGGUCUGCGGGAGCGAGAGGUGCGCUGCGUGGAGGCCCGGGGCGGCCUGCUGAGGACCGCUCCCCGCUCCCGGUGCAGAGCGCUGGCCCCGCAGCCGGCGGCCGUGGACACCUGCAAUUCCCAGCCCUGCCCCCAGAGGGAAACAGACGUGUGCUCGUCGGCCUGUGGUGCAGACCCGGCCGUGCAGAACACGACGUGUGUGCCGGGGGCAGACGGCACAGGGCUGUCGGCAGCUGCUGGGCCCUGCUCCGCAGACGAAAAGCUGCCUGCCCUGGAGCCCUGUGUUGAGGCGGCGUGUCCUCCCAGCUGGGACCAGCUGGACGUCCAGCCCCCGGGGCGGGAGGCUGCGUCCCCAGCGGGCGGCCCCGGGCUGGAGGUGCUUGCCGCGCACGUGUGGACGCCCCUGGCGGGGCCCUGCUCUGUCUCCUGUGGUCAAGGCCUGGCGGAACUGCGUUUUGUGUGCAUGGACCCUGCCCUCAGGACGCCCGUCCAGGAAGAGCUCUGUGACCUGGCAAGCAAGCCCAGGAGCCGGUGGGAGGCCUGCCAGGCUGCCCCGUGCCCGGCCCGAUGGGAGACCCGAGCCUUGGCACCAUGCCCGGUGACCUGUGGAGGCGGGCAGGUGCCACUGGCUGUUCGCUGUGUGAGGAUGGACCAAGGCCGCCUCGUCUCCCUGCCUCACUCCAAGUGCUGGCCCAUGCCCCGGCCUAGGCCCCUGGAGGACUGCAGCCCGGAGCCCUGCCCUGCCAGGUGGCGGUACAAGCUGGCCGCUUGCAGCCUGAGCUGUGGGGGAGGGGUGGCGCAGAGGAUCCUGUACUGCGCCCGGGCCCACGGCGAGGACACGGACGAGGAGAUCCUGCCGGACACCCAGUGCCAGGGGCUGCCCCGCCCAGAGCAACAGGAGGCCUGCAGCCCGGAGCCCUGCCCCCCCAGGUGGAAAGUCACGUCCCUCGGCCCGUGCUCGGCCAGCUGUGGGCUCGGCACGGCCACACGCUCGCUGGCCUGUGUGCGGCUGGACCGCGGCCAGGACACAGAGGUGGACGAGGCGGCCUGCGCAGGUCUCGUGCGGCCACAGGCCAGCAUCCCUUGCAUCGUCGCCGACUGUGCGUACCGGUGGCACGUCAGCGCCUGGACACAGUGUUCUGUCUCCUGUGGGGAGGGCAUCCAGCAUCGGCAUGACGCCUGCCUAGGACCUGGGGCCCAGGUGCCUGUGCCCGCCGACUUCUGCCAGCACCUGCCCAAGCCAGUGACCGUGCGGGGCUGCCAGGCUGGGCCCUGCGUGGGGCAGGGGAUGGCCAGCCCGGCGCCCCAUGAGGAGGCCACUGCUCCAGGCCAGACCACAGCUGCCACAGCUGCGUCCCCGGAGUGGCCCCAGCCCCACGCCCGCCUCCUCUCCCCAGCUCAAGGACGCCUGCCCGGGCCCCAGGAAAGCCCAGUGGAGACCAGUGUCUGUGGCCGGCAGCACCUUGGACCAACGGGAAUCAUCGACAUGCGAGGCACGGCACGGCCAGACUGUGCAGUGGCCAUCGGGCGGCCCCUGGGUGAAGUGGUGACCCUCCGGUUCCUGGAGGGUUCUCUCAACUGCAGUGCUGGGGAGAUGCUGCUGCUUUGGGGCAGGCUCGUGUGGAGGAAGAUGUGCGGGAAGCCGGCCGGCAUGGCUUUCAGCUCCCAAGCCAACACGCUGCUGGUGAGGCAGCGUCUUGUGCGGCCCGGAGGCGGAGUGCUGCUGCGGUAUUCGAGCCAGCCUGCCCUGGGAGCCUUCCACCGAGGAUGUGACAUGCAGCUCUUCGGACCCCGGGGCGAAAUCUCGAGCCCGUCGAUGAGUCCAGGUGGGAGGAACGUGGGGGGCUGUCGUAUCUUCAUCGACGUGGCCCCGCAGGCCCGGAUCGCCAUCCAUGCCCUGACCGUGGACAGUGGCACCAGAGCCAAGGGAACUGAUGCCAGUUACAUCUUGAUCCGGGACAUCCACAGCCUGAGGACAACAGCAUUUCGUGGGCAGAAGACGCUCUACUGGGAGUCAGAGGGCAGCCAGGCAGAGAUGGAGUUUAGCCAGGGCUUCCUGGAAGCACACGCCAGCCUUCGGGGCCAAUACUGGACCCUCCACACAAGAGCUGGUUAGCCAGCCGAUCCCCUGCCUCAGCUUCCUCUCCAAGCGCAUCCUUGAGCUGCCCAGUGGACACAGUGGAAUGCCUCCUCCCAGUCCCGGUAGGGAAGGGAAGGUGCCUGACAUUUAUGAACACUUGGCAGGUGUCCGUCCAGCCCUGGUGAGCUGACUCUGGUGUCUGAGUACCUCCUCUGGUGUCUGAGUACCUCCUCCAACAGACAGAACACUAGAGGGUGGGAGGCGGGACUCUCCCAGCCCUCGGAUACCAAUAAAUUGAGCAUUCCGGCUGA